AUGGAGCUGUGUGUGCUGCUGCUCCUGGUGGUGAUCCCGGCAUCUCUUGCACAGGAAGACUUGGAGGGUAAAGUGUUCCUCUUCCCCAGAGAAAGAAGCACGGAUCAUGUCAUUCUGAAACCUACAAUUACAAAGCCAUUGCAGAAAGUCACCGUCUGUCUACAUUCCUACAGUGACCUUAUACGUGUUUAUAGUCUCUUCUCUCUCGCUACUCCAGCCAGUAAAAAUGCUUUUAUAUUCUUCUCAAACUCUCCAAACUUCUAUUCUAUAAUUGUAAAUGGACAACAAAUCGUUAUUAGGACAGACUCAGAUUCUUUGAACUGGAGGCACGUCUGUGUGACCUGGGACUCCGACACUGGAGUGGUCCAACUUUGGGUCAAUGGAAAGCUCUACCCUAGGAGAGUCUUAGCUAAAGGGUUUUCUAUUGAUGAUGUGAAACCAGCAUUGUUCUGGGACAGACUCAUAAUAAAUAUACUUAUGGGGGAAAUUUUGACACUAUUUUUCCAUUGGUUGGAGAAAUAAGUGAUGUCCACAUGUGGGAUUAUGUCCUGACCCCAAGAGACAUUCAGAAAGUCAUCUCUGGUGACCGUUAUGGGAAUGUCAUUAAUUGGAAGUCUCUAGUCUAUGAAAUGAAAGGGGAAGAUCUUCUUCAACCCAAACUUCAGUG